AUGGCUAGUAGUAAAUAUCCGGUAAAGAAGUACACCUGCCCGAUUCAGAUUAAAUGUCUUUCUUGUAAGCAUGAAGAAAAUACUACUCUAGGACGCAUUAGUAUUGUUGACUAUGAGGGAGAAGUUUUAUGUGACGUCAUAGUUAAACCUGAAGGAGAAAUUUGUGAUUAUCGCACAAAAUGGAGUGGAAUACGUGAAGAAGAUAUGUCUCAUGCAAUACCUUAUUCCUAUGUUCGAGAGCGCGUUGAAAAAAUCAUACAUAAUCGUAUUGUAAUAGGGCAUAUGCUGAAGAAUGACUUCGCCGUAUUAAAUAUGAAGCACCCUCCUCAUUUGGUACGUGACACUUGUAGGGUUCCAUAUCCUAAGUUGCUUGCUGGUUUUUCCACGAAACCUCAAAUUGGCCUAAGAGCCCUUACUCUCCGGCUUUUCGGCAUUAAUAUUCAAAAUGCUGAACAUUGUUCAAUUGAAGAUGCUCGUGCAUCAAUGGCAAUUUAUCGUUUAGUUCAAGAUGUAUGGGAAGCAGAUUUACUUAAAACAAAUAAUAAACAAUUUUUAAAGCAUCAUUCUAAUGAUCAUUAUAAAUCCAUAUGUUAUACCGAUAAUUGUCAAGAAGAUAUAACAUCGUCAUCAUCAUUAUCAUAG